AUGCAGGACGCCGCACCACACCCGACCCCAUACGCUGAUGGAGCAACAGUAGACCCACCCAGACCCGCAGAAACACCGGACAACACCAUCAGCGAACGCUACAGAAAGGCACUAGGCGAAAUCCGAUACAUAGCAGACUGCACCCGCCCAGACAUUAGCUACGCCACAGCGGCACUGGCACGCGCAACACACUGCCCCACGCAACGCCACUGGAACUUCCUCAAGCGCACAGUCCGGUAUCUGUUAGGAACAUCAACACAUGGCAUCCUACUACCACGCAACCCAACAGCACCGGCCCUCAUAAGCUAUGCGGACGCCGAUUUCGCCAACGACACAGUAUCCCGCAAAUCCAUCUCCGGAGCAGUCUCCCAAGUAUACGGCGGCACCGUGCACUGGCUGUCCAAACAACAGCCUCUCGUAGCACAGUCCACAUGCGAGGCUGAAUACAUCUCUGCAGCCGAGACGGCCCAAAUAACGGUAUGGAUCCGCAACCUGCUAACGGAACUAGGUUACCGCCAACACCAACCCACCACAUUGUGCAUGGACAACGCUGCAGCCAUCACCAUAGCACGAAACACAGCGCCCACAAAACGACGCAAAUGCAUAGAUAUACGAUAUCACUUGCUCCAAGACCUCACCCACCACCACGCAAUCACCCUUAAGCACGUAACAAGCCGGCGCAUGUACGCCGACAUCAUGACCAAACCGCUGAAGCCAAUGCCAUUCAACGAACACCGUGCCAACCUCCGCGUCCAACCCCCAUGCCACCAAGUACAGUUUGACCUCACCCCCACCGUCAUAGGCCCGCAAACCGCGCGUCAGGGGGACUGUGAUGACCCACAAAUUGAAGAUCGUCGACGCGCGGUUCACGGGCAUGACACCCCAACCGCCCUGAUGGUCCUGUAG